CUCUGCAAAUCAGUACGCAGCAGUAACACGCCAUCUGUUAGCUUGGAAGCUGUGACUCAAAUAUUGUUAAGAUCGGCGAAAGAGAUCUGAAGCGCUGGGCUGGUGGCGUCGGCGCCCCUCCAGAGCUUGUCGUCCGCUUCGAUGGACUGAAGCUCUACUCUCUUUAUCCACCAGAAGCAAAGCUGAAGUCCGCAAAUAUGUGGGAUUCCUCUAUUUUAAAAAAGUAAACCGGCCGCAUUAUACUUUCGCUGGCUGAAUAAUAAAUAACCAAUGUGUCAUUCGUCGGCGGCGUGGUUUCGUGGGGAAUUGUGCAAAAAAUGAUGAAUUUGAAUGCAAGAAGCCGAGAGCAAUAGAGGAGGAAACUGCAUUUGCUUUUCAAUUGAUGGAACCUUUUGAAUUUGGAAACGAAAGGGAUUGUACGGUCAAGGGUUUAAUUUGGCGUAAUACCGGUGAGCAGUGCUACACUUUUUUGUUUUGUUGUUCCUACUCGGCAAGCGGGAAUGUAACAUUAACUCCGUUUUUUCAAUUCGAUUUCUUUUUCCAAAAACUGUAACUGUUAUUUUAAAAAUUAUUGAGAAUAGUUUUGCGUACAUGCGUACUGUAAACGACUUGACUGGCAGCAAAUAUAAAUGCCAGUAUUGUUAUACAGCCCCGAAAUAGCGCAGUCAUACACCUGAAUGUAUAUCUUAGUCAUUGCUUGCAUUUCUAGAAUUUCGCUAAUUUAUCAUUCUACACAUUCGAGUCAUUGUCAUAACGUGGAUUUUAUCAUUUGCACGGGGACGCGUUUCAAGCCCGCAGAUACAUAUUAACAACAACCUUCCAUUCCACUCAACAUCUAUUAUUAAUUUUGACAGAUGGGAGCUGCCUUUUUUCACAGGUGAUUCUCUUAUAUUUUAUAUAUAUAGGCAUGAUACCAAAUAGGGCAUACUUAAACAUCAUUGUGUUACAGAAACACAAAUCUGAAACCACUAUAUUUUCCAGAUACAAAUUUAAGUACUUUUGAGAAUUCAUAGUGUUAGUUAUACGGUACAUUAGUGACUAACGCAUAGGAGGACAUCGGGAGACCUUUUGAUUGAAAAUACCUAGAUAAUAGACGGUUGCUUAAGUGAAAUGCAGACUUACGACCCAAUAAAUUCAAAAGAAUGUUAAAUUUGCUUUAAUGUUGAAUUUUUUCAUUAACCCGGUCUUUAAAUUCUGCAAAUCUACGAGUUCGGGCCGUACGUAUCGCAGAGCCAAGGACUGUCCCACCGUGAAGUCCCUUCAAAUCCUUCUGAUCGGAAACGCGUUUUUUUAACGACUGGCGUACGGAAGUUUCCGCGGUAACUUUGUCUCCGGUGAGCCGCCGUAGAAAUGGGAGAGAACAUGUCGAAGAGGUUAAAGCUGGUGUCGGGCUCAGACUCGGAGAUGGAGGAGCGCUCCUUUGUCAACCCAUUCCCGGACUGUGAUCAAGGGGUCCUCACAUCCCCCAAUUCGGCGACGGAGGAUGAUGCCGGCGAGCCUUUCGAUGCAAAUGGAAAGAUCAGCGAGGCCUUCAAGAAGAAGGUUGAGAACAAAAUCAAGGAUCUGCUGCAACAGAUGGAGGAAGGCCUGAAAACUGCCGAUCCACAUGACUUCUCAGGCUACACUGGCUGGACGGGGAUCGCGCUUCUCUACCUCCAGCUGCAUCGCCUCACUCACGACUCGGGCCACCUGCAGAGGGCGCUGGACCAUGUCAAGCGGACCCUGCGCAACCUGAACGGCCGACGGGUGACGUUCCUGUGCGGCGACGCGGGGCCACUCGCAGUGGGGGCCGUGGUGCACCACAAGCUGAACAACCACACCGAGUCAGAGGACUGCAUUGCCAAGCUCCUUCAGCUCCAGCGCUCUGUCACCCUAGACUCGGACAUUCCUGACGAGCUGCUCUAUGGCCGUGCCGGGUACCUCUACGCCCUCCUCUUUGUCAACAAAGAGAUCGGCCCCAACACAGUGGAGGAGGCCGUCAUCUCCAAGGUGGUGGAGGCCAUCCUGGAGUCAGGGAAGAGGCUGUCCAAGGCGGAGAAGAAGACUGAGCGCUGCCCCCUGCUGUACGAGUGGCACAGGAAGCAGUAUGUGGGUGCGGCGCAUGGCCUGGCAGGCAUAUACUUCAUGCUGAUGCAGCCGGGGGCCAAGCUGAGCCAGGAAGUUCUGACGGAGCUGGUGAAGCCCAGUGUGGACUACGUGAGGCACAAGAAGUUCCGUUCUGGGAACUACCCGUCGUCGUUGAGCAACGAGACAGACCGGCUGGUGCACUGGUGCCACGGCAGCCCAGGGGUCAUCCACAUGCUCAUCAUGGCCCAUAAGGUGUUUAAGGAGGAGAAGUAUCUGAAGGAGGCGGUGGAGUGUGGUGAGGUCAUCUGGCAGCGGGGUCUGCUUCGCAAGGGCUAUGGCAUCUGCCAUGGUACAGCAGGCAACGGCUACGCCUUCCUCUGCCUCUACCACCUGACGCAGGAGAAGAAGUAUCUCUACCGAGCCUGCAAGUUUGCCGAGUGGUGCUUGGGCUACGGGACGCACGGAUGCCGCAUACCAGACAGACCGUACUCCCUGUUCGAAGGUAUGGCGGGGACCAUCCACUAUCUCUCUGACGUGACCGAGCCUGAAACUUCCCGCUUCCCGGCUUUUGAACUUUGAUCUCUGCUUUUGGGUGAUCUCAGACUGCCUUGGUUGGGAUGGCUCACAGCUCCGGCCUUGACCCCGCCCCCCCCGCCUGCCCCCCAUCUUGCACACGCAUGCUUCUCUUGUCCCCGCCCACCAGUUGCCUUUCCCUCAUGAGCGGCCGCUCUCGCUGACACGCAGUCAGAAUGCUCAAACUCGGCUUUGUGCUGAAACAUGUGGUGGUUUUUUGUGCUCUUUUUUUAUAUUCGUGUCACGAAUGAAGCUGAAAUCACCGGCUUUAUAAACGAACCUUUUCCUUUGCUGAACGACAAGCUCCCCCCAUAUUUUAAAACCGGACUCAUUGUACGAUUAACUCGCGCCACGUUUCCACUCUGAACGAAUGUCACUCCGCUGUUUGCACUCACCUCCCCUUCUGUUCCCAUGAUAUGUGCCAUCGAAGCCUUUCCUCACGAUAGAGGAUCAGUGUAACCAUGAUGUGAGUUACUGGUCUCUCUAAAUAGCGGCCCGUUCCCACUGGUGCCAUUUUUCCGGAUUGAUCCAGUGAGGCAGGUGGGUUGUUUGGGGCGUCAGCGUGCGUCGUGCAGGCUGCCUGCCUGCCUCUCAUUUCGGAGAUGGAUUGAAACGGCGGCGGCAUGGUUAUAAUUGGAUUUAUUAAAAAAAAGAAAUGUCCAAUGUUCAAAUGGCAGCUUUUUGCAGUGUGUGCAGAACUGCUGCAUUGCCGGCGGGGUCGCGUGAUGGACCGUGGCUUGUGCCGCCUCCUGCGAUCGGUUGAAAUCAUCCGUCACAAGCGAGCCCCCCCCCCCAGCCUCGUGUGGUACUUGUGUCCUGCUUUCUCACUCUGUAGGAGAUAUGAAGAAAUGAGAGUUUCGCAUUAGUGUGCUUUUUUGCCACAUUUCCAUCCAAUCCCUCGUCUCUGUUUAUAUACAAGCAUGAACAUUGCAGGUCUGGGGUCUUUUUGAUGAAGGCAUCUGGGAUCCAAAUGGAAAGGGAAAUUAAUCUCUCGACCAGAACCCUGUUGUUUUUUUGCCCCCCUCAUAAAAAAUUGCAAGCACUGCGCACUUGUCUAUGUGCAUUGUUAUUUUGCCCAUGUUUACAGUGAGUCAAAUCCAAACAGUAUUUGGUUCAUGGGGAAUAUGUGAUAUUGAAAAGAUGGAAAAAGGUCAAAUGUUGGUGGAUCAAGACAGAAAAAAAUCCUGAAAUUUCACUGAAUGACAUUUGCUUUUUUCCUUCUCCUCUUCAAACGCUUUACACAUCUUCAGAUCUAAAACAGAGCAGUCUGAGAGUCCAGUAAAGGGAUCAGCCUUUUCCGCCUUCAUGCCUCGAUGAUUUAUUCAUGUUAACCCCGUGUAUGAGGCGAGCCUGAAUGUGAAUUUGUCCUGAUGUUGAGUGGCGUAAGCAGCAUGGUUUUAAGCAGCAUAAUGGCAACACCUUUUGGAUUUAUAACGCUGAGCCAAAGAGCUUCAGACCACGGGGAAAAAAUCCAUCAGCCUGAUAUAUGAAUGGCAAGAUAGUCGCAAAAGGCGUUUUUAAUGAGCCGUUCAUCAUGCUUCUGGCUGAGGACUUAAUUUAAAUGUGUACCGGACCUGUCCGCUCGCUGCUGAUGUGAAAUUUAACCCCCUUUUAAAGGAUGAGAUCCCACUUACUUGCAGACAGCCGGUAAUUCUCCAGUAGCUGCAGUGAUGUCCAGAAGCAGGUUUGUGAGGGCAUUGCGAAUAUUUUAUACGUUUUAAUAAGAUGAGAAUUUUACAGCUGGUCUAGUGACGGUGGGGGUGAGAUUGAACAGUCGUAAUUCAGUCAGGAACCAGAUGCCAUUAAUUAAGCAUGAAGGGUGGGUGGGACUGAAGGAUGACAGACGAGGGGAAGCGUGAGCCUCGUCUUAUUUGGUCAAACCUCUUUAUAAAUUGGGGAAAGCGAGCCGGAUUGUGGCAGCAUCCAGGCUGCAUCAUACCAUGUACUUCCAUCCAACUCGUCACUAUUCUCCAAAUUAAACUGUUAACAUGAGAUGCUAUCCCAGAGGUCGGAGAUCUUUGGGUCGGCACACUCAUGCUUGGUGGAGGGAAAAAAUAAACACAUGUUGGAACUGGUUAUCUGACUUGAUGGCUUUAUUUUGCUUCUUUAGCAGGUAGACGCAUUAUUUCCAGCAAAAUGCAAAACCCUUCCACUAAUUGUAUGCAACGCCUUGCUUGAGGGACUGCUGUAUAUUCCCAUGUACCACAUGAGUGGCACGCAUGACAUGUUUCCUUAAACAUUUUUUGUAUUCACCAUUUAGAUGUCUAACAUAAACAGUGAGGUUCUGCAUCAUUACCCAUUGCAAAUUAACUUCUCUACCCCCAAGGCUUUUGUAUUUAUUGUUGCUAGUUAGUAAAUUUCAGCCUAUUGUAGUCUGCUUCAUUUUCUUUAGUGAAAGGUGCUGUUUCCUGUUAGUAAUUAUUGCCGUUUCUUUAAAUCUUUAGUCUAAUAUCUUUACUCCCGGUACCAGUCGAGACGAAGCCGUUCCAUUCUGUCAUCCUUUGUUUGCAGACACGGUUUGACCUGUUUUCCUCCUGUUUCCUAUGGGCCGCGUGUCCUUGGAUCAUGCGGCGUCUCUUCUUUCUGCGGUGCGCAUCCACUCACUGGCCAUCGAUCCGUUUGCUUUCAAGUCUUUCCUGUUCUUGUUUGUUUUGAUCCAGCCGUUUUUGUUGACAGACCUGCAGUAGCUGAACGGAGCUCAGCACGCUGGGACUGAUACCUGAUCUUUCUCCAGGUUUUCAAAUCGAAAGUGACCAUCUAAUACACACAUUUGAAGCUGCUUUACACUGCAUUACCCUCUCGGAUUUACUUUUAUUUAAAUGAUUUAUAACCACUCCUAAGCUCAGAUCAUUUAUAACCAACAGUGUCUUUAGCUUUAAGAACUUUUAAGAACCCCAUAUAACAUGUGGUCAGUAUCAUGCUAUAAUAAUCAUUAACUCGUACUGCGGCUGUUGACGUAAUUGUGAUCCCUGUCCUGGGGAGUCAGUCAAGAUUCGUCCUUCGGACUCCAGUCUGAAGAGACAGCUACAUGGGCCCAACCAGCAGAGACAUGUACAGGGGAAUUGCCCUUAACUGAAAGCUGAUUGGCCCCCGGAGUACCCCCACCCCUGUCACUCACUCAUUGAAAAUACCAUAUCAUUGGCUAAAGAUAAGGUUGCCCCCUUUUGUAUGAAUUGUGGCCCUUCAAGAAUCCCAGAAUCUCCCCUGCAAACUGCUUUUGCAUUUUCAGUUUCGUUGUCCAAGUGAUAAUCACAAUAAAGAUUAUCUUCAUAACUGUCAUAUUGGGGGUGGGGUGUAAAGCAGGGUGUGUGGAAAUGUGCCCCUGUAGGGUGGAGAAGCACAAGGUGCUUUGCAUGACCACUGGUCCUUCUGCACAUGAUGUCCAUUUACCACAUGCAUUCACCCAAAGUGACUUGCAGUAUAGGGAAGGCUUACAAUUUAGGCAUGUUUCAGCAGAUUUGAACCUAUGCCCUUCACUUCGUUAGAACAAUACUCUAUUUGCUGAGCUAUAGGAGCCGUCUGGAGGUCUUUCCGACCCUAAGCACUGUUCCCUGGGCGCUGAAUUAUCCGCCCCUGCUAUGUUACGAUAUCACAUAUGGUUUAAAUGCAGAGGACAAAUUUCAUUGUUGUGCACUAUGUGCUGUGGUGUGUCAACAACGACAAAGAAAAAAAAAAGAUUAUGCUUCAAUAUGGCAAAAUACUGCAUGCAUAUGAGUGUAUAAGUUCAUAUCACACAUUACGGCAGUUCUUUAUGUUUGAUGAUUGAGUGUACAUUAGCUACUGUUUACAUAAACACUUCUCAUUCUUAUUUUUUUUUUUUACAGUAGCAAAUGAAAGAUUUGCAAACUGACUUUUAUUCCCUGUAAGAAUUUAGAUUUAUUUUUAGUUUAUAAACAGAGAGAAAUUCAAUGAUUAUUCCACCACUCCACCAGCAGAGAAGGUGAAUCUUAAGUACCUCCGUCCAAACCCAUUUCCAGGUUGCAUAGUUAAACAUCUUAUAUGUGUGGUCAAAAUGAAAGAUUUUACAUAUUUCUCAUAAACACUCUAGAUCCUUCUCCCAAAGACAUUUAAAGAAUAUUCUGCCAUCAUAAAAGAAGCCACACAAUUUGCCAUCUUUAAAAGGACCAAUUCUGGAUUAAUGUCCAAUGGAUUAUGGGAUUGUUUGGAGUUUUUUUUAUGUAAUUUAAAAAUUAUGUUGUACUAUAGAAGAAAUAGAUGAUAUACACUGUAACUUCUCUAAACUACUAACUGAGUUCCUGUUAAAGUUAUUUAUCAAGGGGCUUUUCCACAAAGCAAGAUUUGUUGCUUAGCUAGAUAACUUGUCGGAUUUAAGGUCUGAUUAACAUGUAAGCGGAGGAGCAUAAAAUUCAUUUAGCCCAUACUAGCUUAAAUUCAACAAGUUACACGGCUAAGCAAGAAAUCCUGCUUUGUGGAAGGACCCCUGGUCUGUAAUUUUAUUCAUAGAAAUGUAGAUGCUUUUAAUCCCCAUGCUGUCUUUGUAAAUAUAAGACUGAGGCAUUAUUCAGUCUCUGUCUGACUAAUGGUUAAUUGUGUUUUUGUAAUUUUGGUGUAUGAAUUUGAGUAGAAUCAUUUAAUCCUGAGGGGUCUUUGUUCUGAUGGGCCCUAAAUUGUUGCAAACAAAGCAUUUUAAAACAGGCAGUUGUAGCCCUGCUGUGUUAUCAUUGCUAUGGUGACUACCACAGGGAGGAUUGUGGGACAAGUUUGACUCCUGAUAGAUACCCUGGUAGGAAAUGUUUAUAAAGCUCUGAAAUCCUUCCAUCUCCUCCAAACAAAAACAGCCACCGUAUCAACAACACUGUCUGUUGAUUUUUUGCAUUUCUUUUUUCUGUUAAUUGAAGCUUUUGUCUUCAGCUUAAAACACACAACCUAGAAAUUUUAAGAGGGAUCAGGUCACAGACUGUCAUCCAAACUGUUGCAUUUAUUACACGAUCCAACUGCAGGCAUUUGAAUACAUAACGACAUCGGGCCACAGUAUCCUGCAACACAGUUAAUUCACUGUCCAGCGCACACAGAUUUUCAGCUUUUGCAGUAUCCUUUGAAAAAUGCCAGAAUUCUCACUCUGCUUGUAGCAAAAGUGCAAAAUAAAGACACUGUUACAACUC